UCCCUAUAUAAUAAAUAAAACCAAUAUUCAAUUCCUCCAUCUUCGUUCCAUUAACCCAAAAAACGACACACACUCUCUCUCUCUUGACCCUCCCAUCAAAAUCCCCACAAAUAUCUUUCAGUUUUCCUUUCUAGCCAAACAAACGAAACCCAGUUCCAAAAACGAGAAAAAGCAUCCAGACAAAUCAACGUGGAGGUUUACCCGCAUGACAAGAAUCUUAGUUCUGAAGCACAACACAACCUAUCUUCUUUUGAUCGGUUUUCUUUCUCUCUAUCUAAUUUCUUGUACUGCUGUGACAAUAUAGAGAGAGAAGGAAUAUAUAUAAGAGAUAUAUAUAUAUUUAUAGAGAGAGAGAGAGAGAAGAUAUGGAGGGAGGUGGAGGAGGGUGUUGUUCUGGCAAGAGAAAGAUCGAACGGCCAUACAAGGGAAUAAGGAUGAGAAAAUGGGGAAAAUGGGUGGCGGAGAUCAGAGAACCCAACAAGCGGUCUAGAAUUUGGUUGGGGUCGUAUUCAACGCCGGUGGCGGCGGCUAGAGCCUAUGACACCGCCGUCUACUACCUGAGGGGGCCAUCGGCGAGGCUGAACUUUCCGGGGUUGUUGGGUGGCGAAGCUGGAGGCGGCGGAGGACUUGACUUGUCUGCUGCUUCUAUACGCAAGAAAGCGAUAGAGGUUGGUGCUAGAGUAGACGCAAUGGAGACCUCUAUGACUUCCCAUGAUGAUCAUGAUCAUGAUCUUGACCAUGCACCAGGAUCCGAAUUGAUUCAAUUGAAACCCUGUUGGUUUCAAGAGAAGCCCGACCUGAACAAGAGGCCCGAACCCGAGGACCCAGAUGAUGAUUACUGGUGAGUCUCUGUAUAUGCAUGUAUGCCAGGCUAUCUUGUUAAGAUGCACUAGCUGGAGUUUUGGAAACUUGGCAAAGGAACUACUGUAAAUAUCAUAUGAUCUUGGUUUUAGAGUUCAGUUAUUUCGAGUAGGGAUAAAAUUGUUCUAUUAUCAUUUAUCAUUAAGACUUCAGGUUUGAAUAUUUGAAACUGUUUUAAUACAUAGGAGCUAAAACUGUAUAUUUGAUUCUUCGAUUGUUAAGAGUUUCAACAAAAUCCAUCUAAUUGAAAG